GUCACUGUUCAGAAAGUGUUUGGGCAUUUGGGCUCAGCUGUUAAACUGGGAGCCUAAAAAUGGACCUGGAGCAAACUUUUGGAUGCAUUCUGUCAAAAUACCAACAACUCGAGCAGGAAAUUGACGAGUUGAAGAAAGAGAGAGCUAGGACGCAGAGCUUCAAUGGAAAUACUUGUGAGGAAUUACCAGUUUGCUCGACUUCAGGGAGAAAACCAUCCUGCCUGUGGCAGAACACCUGUGAAGAGGAAGAUUUUAGAAAGGACUUGAAGCUAACAAAGGUCAAACAUGAACACCGAACCUCAUCUCCCGUCAACUUCAAAUCUUUCCUACAAAGCUCGAUGCACACGGACAGAAGUGAGACGUUAGAGUUUCAGAGCUGCCAGGCAGAUAUUUCUCUUCAUGUCAAAGAUUCAAACAGGCUGCUGGGAGAGAUAGCUUUUCAACUGGACAGGAGGAUUCUCUCUUAUAUCUUCCAGGGCCAUAGGAGGCAUUAUGGUUUCACACUGCUCAACAUACCAAACAAGAUCACAGAGGUCAGCACACACCCACUGACAGGGAAGGUAGAUGAGGGCUAUCGGCUUCAUCUCACUCAGAGGUAUGCUGACCUCAUGGAGAGGUUGAGUCAGCUCGGGUAUAAAACAGCACUUCACCCUGCUUUUACGGAAUUUGUUGUGAACACCUUUGGGAUCCUGAGAGAGAGGCCUGUUGAACACAGCAACCAGGGAAUGCACUUGAAUAAUUCAGACUUUUUGAAGAAGGUGUUAAUGACCACAGCACCUGGAAAACUUCAGAAGGACCUGCUGCUUGUGCUCACCUGCCUUUGCAACAUGGCCCAGAGAGAUGGAAGGCCUCUUCUUCUCUGGUAGAUGUGACCGUUUCGAAAAGGGAGAAAAAUAGAGCAAGCUUCCAUGGUCCCCAAGCAGGAAAUAAAUACUGAAGCGUAACACAUUUUGUAUGGCUGAAUUUGUAUACACAGACAAAGCUUUUAAACUCUAAAUAAAUACACAGAAUAUAUGCACGAUACAUUAUAUGAUUUUCAAGGUUAAACUGACCAGCAAACCUUACAGGAGCAAUACAGACAUAUA